AUGGACAACUUCGCUUUGGUAGCAGUUUGUCUACUUCAUAGUUUGGUGCAUUUGAGCCUCGGCCAGCACAGUUUACGUGCGCGUCCCGGUCCAUGGAGACAGCGGGUCCAGUGGGAGAAUAACGGACAGGUGUACAGUUUACUGAGCACGGGAACUCAGUACCACUCGCCCGUGCCGACGAGGCGGCAGACCCAACUCUACCUCAGCGCCACCAAAAAGCAUCACGGCCGACGUCACCCGGCCGCCGGGACUGACUUGGCCGCGGAGGAGAGAGACGCGGGUCGGCCGGACGCGUCGGUUCUCGGUCCGGAAGCGGGUCAGUAUUUGCUCGCCACGGAGCGGCUCGAUUCCGGCGCGCGUCAGCGCCCCUCCAACGACGCCGCCUCCGUUCAGGAGUUCUCCGGCAGCGGCGUCCCGAGAGGAGGGCGAACAAGUCUCCCGAUCGGGGACGAUGUAAGCAGAUCGGGCGCACCCCGACUGGUUUCGGUGUCGCCGGCGGGACCGCCAGAAAGCCGAAGCCGAGAAUCCGAAGGCGGGCGGUCUCUCGCCGGAGGGGCCCCCGGCGCUGAAGAUGGAGGCCCCGGGCGACCGCGCGUCAUCCUCCAGCAGCAGCAGCGGCGGCAAACGGCGUUAGGCGCGCACACCCCCGCUGCCAGAGUCCACCCGGAGUCCAGCGACUUCCCCGCGCCGCUGUCCAGCAACGCCGUAGAUGCACACUUGCCUUCUCCAAGUCGCACAACAGGGACCGCCACGGAUUUAACGCGGGAGGAUGUUAGAGAUCCAAACGGUCACCAUCACAGGAACUCGGUUUUCUAUCAAAUGUACCCGCCGGCGGGCGGGAGCAGGGCCCCUGUGCGCCAUCCACCAGGAACCGGUUACGGCACCAGGUUUUUCCACAAUGGUCUCCCAGACCUGGUUCCAGACCCUUACUAUAUCCAAGCUGCCUCUUACAUCCAGAGAGUGCAGAUGUAUGCUCUACGCUGUGCUGCUGAGGAAAACUGUCUUUCCAGGUCUGCGUACCACCCGAGUGUGAGUGACCUAGACUACAGGGUCCUGCUGCGGUUCCCACAGCGGGUGAAAAACCAGGGAACGGCAGACUUCCUCCCAGUGAAGCCCAGACACGAGUGGGAAUGGCACAGCUGUCACCAACACUACCACAGUAUGGAGGCCUUCAGUAACUAUGACCUGCUGGACAUCCACACUGGGAGGAAGGUCGCUGAGGGACACAAGGCCAGCUUCUGCUUGGAGGACACGUCUUGUGACCGGGGAAUACGACGACGCUUUGCCUGCACUGCCCACACACAGGGUCUCGGUCCAGGUUGUUAUGAUACGUACCACGCCAACAUUGACUGCCAGUGGAUCGACAUCACAGAUGUACCACCGGGAAAUUACAUUCUCGAGGUGACAGUGAACCCCUCUCAACUGGUUCAGGAGUCCGAUUUCUCCAACAACGUGGUGCGGUGUGACAUCAGGUACACAGGGGCCUACGUCCAGGCUAGAAACUGCAGGAUUACCGGGAGCUAACGUGACCAAUGAGGAAAGUUAUUUUGACCUGUCCAAGCUCACCAACAUGCAAGAAAUCAAUAUGUAUUCUCACUGGUAUCAUUGUAAAUACUCUGUCUUUCAGCACCUUUGCAGUACACUGUCUGCUAUACCAUUUAAAUCAGUUUGAUCAUUUCUGGUAAUAACUUAAUGACACAGGUACACCCAGUCGGGUUUAUUGCAGUUGUUAUUAACAUAUUUUAAAGUACUACAUCUUUUAAACGGUGCACGGCCACACUAUUGGUUUUAAAUGCGCAGCAGUCUGAGGCAAAUCCCAAGAGGCCAUUUUUAAUUAUUACAAAAAAGUCAUUUAUAUUGUGUGACUGAGCAGGUGCUUUAUUUAAAUGUCCAAUAUUGACCGUCAUAUGUUUAAAUAGGUCCUGUAUAAGUACUGAUUCUAGCCUUAUAUGGCAUGUAUACUUUUGUGCAUCACUUUGUGGACCAUACAUGUGCUGCUUCAGUCAGACAGUGCAAUUUAUGUACGGUUUGUUCAUUUGGAAACCAGGUAUUUGAAUGUCUAAAGGUUUGACUUAGUUUUAUACUGUUGUAAUUUAUAAAUAAAGGUUGCCAGGAUGUUUCAACACCAA